AUGCGUUUCUCUAUCCUUGCCGCAACGCUAACCUACGCCUCCGCCGUGUCGGGAGCGAUAACAUGGACGCUGCAGAAAGCCUCCAACCCGACGGCCGACCAAUCGGAGGCGUAUACUCGCAUCGAAUCUGCCAUGAAGCUUGCUGUUGCGCGAUACUCCCGCUUCACGAGCGCUAGCAAGACUAUUCGAGUUUAUUAUUCCCCCGGCGUACCCACGGCUGAAGCCAACUAUAACGGAGACCUUCGAUUCGGCUCGGAUCGGUCCUACAUGACCGAGCGCACGGCGAUGCACGAGAUAGCUCACACGCUUGGAGUCGGACAGACGGCUGCUUUCGAUCAGCACUGCGCGGCUAAUAAUUGGCCGAAAGCAACGCCACUGCUUCGGUCGUGGGAUGGUUCUAAUGCUAAGAUAAGCUGUGGUGGCGGCCACUUUUGGCCUUACGGUCUAAACUACGAGAGCGAGUGGAGCGAGACAAACGGGGACCGUCAUGUCCAACUAGUUAAUGCUAUGCUUGCCGAUGGGAUGUAG